GCCAAUCACAGACUCGGGUUUCCCGGAAAACUGUCAUGGCGGCGAUAAGCUAAAGUUUUGAUAUUUCGUCUGGAAAAAAAGCCAGUGUUUAGUUUAUAUGAGUAGAUAAAACAGUUGGGAACCGCGCAGGUCGUGGUAGAGCCCGGUCUCGGUAUGGAAGAAAAUCAGGAGCAAGAUCUACUGUACCAGCCGCUCCCACAGUAUGUAAGUGAGGAAAAGGAGAAGCUGGGAUUACAGGAGUUGAGCUGCCCUAAGGACAAGUUUGUGGAGUCCUUCUUAGACAGACACAUCCAGAACUUCAAGCCGAAUGAGAAGAAGGAGCUGAAGAAGUCUUACCUGCUUUUAGACCUACCCUAUAGACAGAAGCCCACUGUAGGCAAGAAGAAGAACACCUCUCACAGCAGGAAGAGAAGGGAGAAGAAAGUCUAUGACAUCCCUCCAGAAACACAAAAGUCAGAAGGGAGGAAGAAAGUCUAUGACAUCCCUCCAGAACACCAAAAGUAUUCAUUGUAUGUUCCUCUCCAUAACCUGUGGCUGCAGUACAUAAAGGACCUUCUGCAAGUUACACCCACAAGUAACUUGAACCUGAUGCAGAAGAAGAUGCUGAAGGCUGACCUUCAUGGAGCCCUGAUAACAGUGUGUAAGUCCAGAUGCCCAUCCUACGUAGGACUGACGGGGAUCAUCCUACAGGAGGGACAGAAAGUCUUCAAAGUCAUCACGAAGGAGGACAAGCUAAAGACUGUCCCCAAGGCCAACUCAGUCUUCUCCGUGGAGUUUGAAGGGCUGCGAGCUAAGAUCUAUGGGAACCACUUCUGUACGAGGACUGCCCAACGUGCCAGCAAGAAGUUCAAGCUGCCCAUGGUGAAGCAAACCAUCGACCUAUGAGGGGGAAUGCACUGUUAGAGAUUCAAAACCUCAAACGUGAUGGGAGAGAAGACAAUCCUUACUAUCUAUCAAGACUUUGGCCUUAGCAAUAAUGAUGGUUGCUUAUUUAGCCCAAGACUGUGUAUAUACCUGUAUUUAUGUCAUACAUGUACCUAGGCAGUGAUAACCUUCAAUACAGGCCUGUUAAAGACCAGUUGACUGUCAGACUUUCAAAACUUAGAACAUGACGGGAGAGAAGACAGUCAGUACAAUAUGUACCAUCAAUGGUGGUUGCCUCUUUAGCCAAAGGAUGUGCAGAUACAUGUAUUUAUAACAUUCCUAGGCUGUGAUAUCUUUGAUACAGAUUUUCUGUACCUGUUUGUAUUUUAUGGUACCCCGUGGGAUUCUACUUGUAUCACACAAGUCUCCAUCGAUUAUAUUUCAAACUCACUUUGCAUGCUGUGCAUGUGCACCACUGUCAAAACUUCAAAUAUCGGAUGCAGAUGUUGGAAUUGAUGUUCUUAAAAAUAAUGAAGGGUGCCAAAUUUUCUCAACUUCUGCAUUGAAAUGUGUGAUUUCUCAGACCAGUAUGAUAUAAAAGAAUAUAACAUGGUGUGUUUCGCAUCACUUUCUGGGCCCAGCCCUCCUAUCGUCAGAUCUGUAGUUUGGCUGCCACCUCAGGUGGUACAGAAUACACAGUGUAGUAUUCUCUUUGUAUUAAAUACAAACCUGACUUGCAUGCCAUGGUCACCAUCAGCAGUGUGUUUUAUCAAAUGGGAGAAUAUUUGUCAGAUUUGCUGAUAUCCAGGCAUUUUAAGUAGGCCUGGAGUAUGUAACAGGCUAAAGGAUGUAUAUACAAAAUGGAUAUAUUUGACUAGUUUGAUCAUGUCCAGGUGCUUUGUGUAUAACAGGUAGCCUUGACCAGGCUUCUUUUGCUGAGUAGAACUCUAACAGCUGUUAGAGGAGUCAUGGAUCUGGCACCUGGUGAAAGACUGGGGGCGAAUGUGCACUUUGUUCUCGAAAGUGAGUGACCUGUAUAACUGUGGAGGCCACAUUGGAGAAACUGCAGGAGUUGAACUCAAAAAUACUGUUUUAACAGUUAAACUCUUCUCCAAAACAAUUGGGAUUCACAUUUGUGGGGUUUUCAGUCAUGACUGUGUCAUUCCAUAGUACAAAGCGACCCAUUUCUUUGAAUGGGUGGGUCAAAGUUGCCUAGAAGUCUGUACCACCCACCACCUCCUGGUUAAGUGAAACUUGGUAUCCAUAAUCAUGUAGUCAAAUUUGUCUACAGUGGCCACUCAUGGUAUACUACUAGACAACUCUAAAUGCUUGGGUCAAUGGGGAAAAUGAUCUAAGGCACCACCAAACAAUGAUUACAAUGGCCAGGUAGUUUUUUUGCAUACACAGUCUCUAGUACAGCUUCAUUGUCAAAAACCAAGCAGAAGCCAUAUGUCUGCUUGGAGAUUAAUAGAUACACUAUGUUUUCUGACUAUUCUGAAAUUCCAUUUCCAAAUGCAACAAAAUUUGUGUACUCAAAUUAAGAACUUCCAGCAACACAUUUUCGUUUAUCCAUGGUGUGUAAUGAUGUUCACCAUGUUUGCAUCAAGAAAUGCCAUCAGAAUCAUGUCUUGGAAUCUAUUGUAUGUUGAAACAAGAUUAAGAAACAGUUGCAUUUAGUUAAACUUUGACUUUUGAAUUGACCAGCAUUUCUACACAUCUGUACAUACCUGUUUUCCUAUACAUAUUUUUUGUACUUGCACAAUAUAUUUGGUCAUUUGCAGCUGAUUUGUACUAUCGAGUAUAGCCGAAAACCUUUUUUAAUAACGAAGAUAGAUGCUUGUGGAGUUGUCAUCCAUAUAGUCAACUCAACAUGGUCUAAUGUUCUACAAAGGAUACCUUCAUUACUUUUAGAUCAGAUAGUUUUCAUCGCCAUCUAAUUCACUGUUAUUUACUGUUGGAGUUUUAAGCUCUGUACUAUACCAGUUACUUUCAUUACUUCCGAAAAUAAUUAUCCUAUAUCCUACUUUCAUUACUCUCAUACCAGCCAGAAGUGAAGGCCCAUUUUAGAAACCACCCACAUGACUUUGAUUUGUCAUUAUCUAUAAUACGUGAACAUCCCAGGAAUCCAGCUGGUGUAUACCUCUUACCAAAACUUACACGCUGCAGGAAUGUGUAGGUCCUGGGGGUUCUGUUAGCAUUCCGCUCAGUGUUUGACACACAUCUCACAUUUUCCUCCGACAAAUUAAACAGUUGGUCUGUAAAGUCUGAAA